UCCUACUGUCCCUGAAGGCAGCAGCAGACCUGCAUUUGACAUUUGUAGCUAGCCUCAAGCUAACGUCCGGCAUGUCUGAGAAGGAGCUGGGGAAAAAGUGGGACCGGUGCCUCGCAGACUGUGCCGUCAAAGUCGGUGCUGGCCUCGGGUUAGGAGUCGUGUUUUCUGUUGUGUUCUUCAAACGACACACAUGGCCGAUUUCAUUUGGCUUGGGAACGGGACUCGGCAUGGCAUACUCCAACUGUCAGAAUGACCUGAGAUCACAUUAUUUACUGCACAGAAGCAUGAAGGAGCAAUAACUGCAUGUCAUCGAGGGACUGUCUUUUUUAUUUUAUUUUUGUUGACCUGUUUUAUUUUUUUCUUUUUUGGGGGGGGAUUGAGCACUUUCAGUAUUUGGCAUUAGAUUUGUCUUGCUGUUGGACAGUCCCUUCCCUGUAUCGUUCAGUAUGCUUUGUAUGUGCCUGAACAGGACAGUCUGUGUUUGUUUAAUAAAAUAAUUAUGAGGACAAAACAACAA